AUUGUUUACGCAAGUGAGAGCGGGUGGCCGCGCGCGAGCCUUCUUCGUAUUUAAUGAUAAGUCCACAGAUUUUUGCGAAGACACUGACUUUUGCGUCGUAGUCGGUCGUUAAGUGUAAGUGAAAUAACCCUCGCCACCAAAAUGCCAGUAGAACACGAUACUUCUCACCAGAACGGCCAAGAGGACACUGGCGGCGGCGGCAACGUUAGCACCGAAGCCCCGCCGCAGCAGCCACAGCAAGCGCCCGAACCCAUCGCCACAACCAUCGUCAACGGAACUCACCCGAAGGUUCCUUCAGCUGCUGAUGACCAAGGACGACAGGAGUCUCCCAAAGAUCCCAAAAAGACUGAUGGGAGCGCAAGCUUCCUACGGGCGGCGAGGGCGGGGAACUUGGAGAAGGUGUUGGAGUUCCUCAAGACCAAUACUGACAUCAACACCUGCAAUGCUAAUGGCCUUAAUGCCCUGCACCUCGCUAGCAAAGAGGGACAUGUAAGUGUUGUAACUGAACUGCUGCAACGAGGUGCAAAUGUCGAUGCAGCUACCAAGAAGGGCAACACAGCCCUCCACAUCGCCUCUUUGGCUGGACAGGAGGAGAUUGUGAAAGUCCUUGUGCAGCACCAAGCAAUGGUGAACAUUCAGUCCCAAAAUGGCUUCACCCCUCUGUACAUGGCUGCACAAGAGAAUCAUGAUAAUGUUGUUCGCUUCUUACUGGCCAAUAAUGCCAAUCAGAGUUUGGCCACAGAGGAUGGCUUCACCCCCCUGGCAGUGGCUUUGCAACAGGGACACGAUAAGGUUGUGGCAGUUCUUUUGGAGAAUGACACAAGAGGCAAGGUGCGUCUUCCUGCUCUACACAUUGCUGCCAAGAAGGAUGACACAAAGGCUGCAGCUCUUCUUCUUCAUACAGACCACAACCCUGAUGUAACCUCCAAGUCAGGAUUUACACCUCUUCAUAUUGCAGCCCAUUAUGGCAACGAAAAUAUUGCGAAUCUCCUCAUUCAGCGCGGAGCUGAUGUAAAUUAUGUUGCAAAGCACCAGAUUACACCCCUCCAUGUGGCAUCGAAAUGGGGUAAAGGAAAUAUGGUGUCACUGUUGAUAGACAAGGGAGCUAAUUAUGAGGCCAAGACUCGGGAUGGCCUCACACCCUUGCAUUGUGCUGCAAGAUCUGGUCAUGACACUGUUGUUGAUAUGUUGCUAGAGAAAGGUGCUCCAAUCACGAGCAAGACAAAGAAUGGGUUGGCUCCCCUCCACAUGGCGUCGCAAGGUGAUCAUGUUGACGCAGCUCGUAUCCUCCUCUACCACAAAGCACCUGUUGAUGAUGUUACUGUAGAUUUCCUCACUGCUCUCCAUGUGGCUGCUCACUGUGGGCAUGUGCGAGUGGCAAAGCUGUUGCUGGACCGAAAGGCAGAUCCUAAUGCCCGAGCCCUCAAUGGCUUUACUCCACUCCACAUUGCUUGCAAGAAGAACCGCAUCAAGGUGGUGGAACUGCUUCUCAAGCACGGUGCUAGCAUUGAGGCAACCACAGAGUCGGGAUUGACUCCACUUCAUGUAGCAUCUUUCAUGGGCUGCAUGAACAUUGUGAUCUACCUGAUUCAACAUGGAGCCUCUGCAGAUGUACCUACUGUUAGAGGAGAAACUCCUCUCCACCUUGCAGCAAGAGCUAACCAGACAGACAUCAUCCGCAUUCUGCUUAGAAAUGGUGCUCAGGUGGAUGCUAGAGCGCGGGAACAACAAACCGCUUUGCACAUCGCCUCCCGUCUGGGUAACAGUGACAUUGUUGUACUAUUACUCCAACAUGGAGCUGCUGUUGAUGCCACAACCAAGGACCAUUACACUGCCCUGCACAUUGCUGCCAAGGAGGGUCAGGAGGAGGUGGCUAGUGUACUCCUUGAGCAUGGUGCCUCCUUGACCUCCACCACAAAGAAAGGUUUCACACCUCUUCAUUUAGCAGCUAAAUAUGGUAAUAUGAAGGUAGCCCGCCUGUUGCUGCAAAAGGAUGCCCCUGUUGAUGCACAGGGGAAGAAUGGUGUUACACCUCUUCAUGUGGCAGCACAUUAUGACCAUCAGAAUGUUGCCCUACUACUGCUGGAUAAGGGUGCAUCUCCCCACGCCACAGCUAAGAAUGGUUACACUCCUCUCCACAUUGCUGCUCGCAAGAACCAGAUGGACAUUGCAACAACGCUGCUUGAAUAUGGUGCAAGUGCCAAUGCUGAAUCUAAGGCUGGAUUCACACCUCUACAUCUUAGCUCCCAGGAGGGACAUACAGAUAUGGCAACACUCUUAAUCGAACACAAUGCUGCACCAGGAGCUUGUGCAAAGAAUGGACUAACCCCAUUGCAUCUGUGCGCACAAGAGGAUCGUGUCAAUGUUGCUGCUAUUUUGGUGAAGCAUGGAGCCCAGAUUGAUCCAGCAACAAAGGCUGGUUAUACACCACUGCAUGUUGCCUGUCACUUUGGGCAAAUGAACAUGGUGCGCUUCUUGCUACAGCAUGGUGCCAAGGUUGAGUCCUCAACACAACUUGGGUACACUCCUCUCCACCAAGCAGCUCAACAAGGCCACACUCAGAUUGUCAACUUGCUCCUCGAAAACAAGGCUGAACCUAACGCAGAAACAAAAGACGGCAAGACGGCUCUAAGCAUUGCACAACGUCUCGGCUACAUUUCUGUAGUCGAGACACUGAAGAUUGUGACAGAAACGACCAUUACUACUACCACCACGACUGUCACAGAAGAGAAGUACAAGGUGGUUGUGCCAGAGACAAUGCACGAGACCUUUAUGAGUGAAUCAGAAGAUGAAGGAGGUGACGACAAUCUGGUCUCCUCCAUGUUUGGUAAGCAGCAGCACGUCACGCUCCCGUUCUAUGAAGGACAGUUACGCUACACCAGUGAUGAUACAAUGCUUGGGGACCAGUCAUACCGUUACCUGACAGCAGAUGAAAUGAAGUCUCUGGGAGAUGACUCUCUUCCUAUUGAUGUCACAAAGGAUGAGAAGAUGGAUGUGUCCUUCAUCAGCAACACAAUGGCCGCUCCUCCAGUGGCUCCUGUAGACCAGCUUAGCCCCCAGCACCAGAAGGAACAGCAGUAUGCCCAGUACACCGGUCACUAUCCCUCUGACAAUGUGGACAUUGCUAAGACUCCUAUACUUGCCGGGCCGGAGUCUCUCAACACCACCCUCAACACAACCAUUGACUCUGCCAUGAUCGAGUCUCAGAUCAUCCCGACUCAGGUAGCAAAUCAGUUAUCUGCCCAAGUGAACCAGACUCAGGUGCAGCAGCCUGUAGGUCAGAGUGCCAAGGGUCAGGUCCCUGCAGACCAAGAUUCAGUACCUGAGAAGGCUGCAGAGAUUCUCAGUGGGUGGGAAGGAGUGAGCCUGAACAGCCUGGCGUCCUGUCUGUCAGCAGGGACCAACACCUCGGGCAUGUGGCGCGACAGAUUCUUGGUGAGCUUCAUGGUAGACGCCCGGGGUGGGGCCAUGCGCGGCUGCCGCCACUCGGGUGUCCGUGUGAUUAUUCCUCCACGCAAAGCAGCUAUGCCCAUGAGGAUCACUUGCCGUUAUCUGAAGAAGGAUAAACUUGUUCACGCACCACCACUCAUGGAGGGAGAAGCACUUGGUUCCAGAAUCCUUGAAAUGGGUCCUGCAGGUGCAAAAUUCUUAGGCCCUGUUAUUAUCGAGGUGCCACACUUUGCCUCCCUGCGUGGCAAGGAGCGUGAGAUUGUGAUCCUUCGCUCAGACAAUGGAGAGACCUGGCGUGAACAUACACUGGAGGCCACUGAGGAAGCUGUGCAGGAGGUCUUGAACGAGAGCUUCGAUGGUGAAGAGUUGAAGCAACUAGAGGACCUCAAUACCAACCGCAUCACACGCAUCCUCACAACUGACUUCCCACAGUACUUCGCUAUUGUUACACGCAUCCGACAAGAGGUCCAUGCCAUCGGACCUGAGGGAGGAAUGGUGUCAUCAACAGUUGUACCACAGGUCCAGGCAGUGUUCCCCCAGGGAGCCCUCACCAAGAAGAUCAAAGUGGGACUCCAGGUAAACCUCUUCAAGCCACGCAAAAACCACACUGGACCCAUGAAAAAGAUUAGCGUGAAUAACAUCCCAAAGAAGAAGCGAUUUAGUCUUAUUUGGAUAAAGAAGACUUUAGAUGGCAAGUUACACAAGGAACUGCUUAUAAAAGAAGGUAAACAAAUGACUCAGAUUGAAAGAAAAAUGUCCCAGGUAAUGUAUAGGGAAGAACCCAUGACCGAUGUGAACCCUAGGAUCCCAAAUGCUAUGAGACCAGUGACUUCAGGCCUUAGAAUCAGCUUCAGUAAGGUUCACUCUCCUAGCUAUGGAUGUAAAGUUAAGCCUUAUUGUAAUAGCCUAAGUGCCAAGGCAUCAGGUAUAUCAGGCUGGAGUGUCCACUGCACUGAUGCAGAUGACUCUGAAGCCCGUAGUGAAGCCCAGAACACUAAACUGACACUGGCUGAGCGCAGCUGGCUGGGGGUGGCCAGUACAUUCCUGUACAUCUGGGACUACGAAGUGUUUGAUAUUCUUCAGAUGGUGUUUUUUUAUAUAGUCCCAAGAAUUUUUUGGUCUAGUGUCAGAUACAGGGGAAUUUUGAGUUUGGUAGAGGACAGGGAUAGUCCCUAUUUUAAGCAGUUUAAAAAGGAGUGGAAUGCCCCCAAAUCAUUAACUACUUGUACUAUUACAACUGUUGAUACUACUACUACCACUAUAACUAUUACUUCUACUUUUCCCACUAUCAAUACUUCAACAGUUCCACUACAAGAGGCAUUUACAGGCGGAACAACCCGCGCUCAGUGGGAGGACGUGACGGGCUCAACACCUCUCACUUUUGUCAACGAUUGCGUCAGCUUCACCACCACUGUCUCCGCCCGCUUUUGGCUCAUGGAUUGUAGUAACAUACCUGAGGCUACCAAAAUGGCCACCGAGCUAUAUAGGGAGGCCAUCCAUGUACCAUUUAUGGCUAAGUUUGUAGUCUUCAGCAAGAGACAUCAGCUGGAGGAGGCAAGAGUGCGGGUGUUCUGCAUGACGGACGACCGAGAGGACAAGACCCUAGAGCAGCAGGAGCUCUUUGUUGAGGUUGCUAAAUCACGAGAUGUAGAAGUGUUGGAGGGUAAGCCUCAGUACCUUGAAUUUGCUGGCAACUUAGUUCCAGUCACUAAAUCAGGGGACCAGCUUGCAUUCAACUUCUAUGCCUUCCGUGAAAACCGCCUUCCAUUUACCGUACGUGUGAAGGAUCAACAUGCCGAUCCCAUUGGAAGGGUGGCCUUCAUGCGACAGCCCAAGGUAGGCGUAAAUUGUGUUUUUCCCCUAAUAAAAAUGUGUUCACAUCAGGUUGCUAAAUCACGAGAUGUAGAAGUGUUGGAGGGUAAGCCUCAGUACCUUGAAUUUGCUGGCAACUUAGUUCCAGUCACUAAAUCAGGGGACCAGCUUGCAUUCAACUUCUAUGCCUUCCGUGAAAACCGCCUUCCAUUUACCGUACGUGUGAAGGAUCAACAUGCCGAUCCCAUUGGAAGGGUGGCCUUCAUGCGACAGCCCAAGGACGGGCGCUGGAAGAAGGCCUCGCUAAUGAGCUUGCUAAAACCCCCUGUGUUUCAGGUUGGGCGUGGUGACCCCCCUCAGACCCCCAUCUGUAACCUGAACAUUGCCCUGCCUGACAACAUCCAGCCUGAGCCUGCGCCCUCAGAACCUGACCUCCUCGCCCUGGAGAAGAAAUACUCCUUCCUCUCCAUUAGCAAAGCUGACACCAUCCACAAAGCUGACCUACGUCUCACAGACAUCUCUAACAUGCUUGGAACUGACUGGGUUGGCCUAGCCCGGGAAUUGGAGAUUAGUGACUCUGAUAUUAACAUCAUCAAAUCUCAGUACCCAGAUAAUGCCCCAAAACAAGCUAUUGUCAUGCUCAGACUGUGGAUGCAGACAUCGGGGAAUAAGGCAAAUGGUAACACUCUUGAGAAGGGACUGCGUAAGAUUGGCCGUGAUGACAUUGUGAACCAGUGCAUAUUUAACGUUGAACUGGUCACUGAUGACAUUGAAAGAGCAAUGGCCAAGGCUCACCUAGACCAGUCUGGCUUCGAUGCUUUCCGCUAUGAGCUAGGACCAUCAAGAGACACCACACUCAAUCGAGAUGUCUCCCUUGAUGUUUCAUAUGAUGAGCAAGAUAUGAUGAAAGAAGCGGAAAGUGCUGAAGAAGAGGAAGAAAACCAAAGAAGUUACCAGGACAAGACUCGUCGAGAGCAGCACACAGCCGACAUGUCCCCAACCUACGAGAGUGAGGAGAAGAAAUAUGCUGGGGAAGAGAAGAUUGUCACUGAGGAAAAGAUAACAAAGGAAGAAAUGAAAGAUGGUUCUGCUGUUACUGUAACAACCACCACUACUUCUGUGGUUGCAGAGCCUGUCACUGAGUCCAAGAAGGAAGCUAAGGAUAAGACAAUAAUCACUGAAAAAGUGGUUCAGGAAGACCAGAAGGCUCCUCCAGCAAAGGAGGCUGAAAAAGUGGAAGAUAAAGUGCCUAAACCUGAAAAGAAGGAAGAAAAGCCAAUUGUCGUGGACAAGGCAGAAGAGAAGGUAGUGGAUAAGGUUGAGGAAGUAGUGGUGGAGCAGAAAGUGGAGGAGAAGCCUGAAGUUAAGGUUGUAGAAAAGUCUGCUGAAGUUGGUGAGAAGGCUAAGGAUGCAUCAGAAAAGUUAGAGGAGAAGGCCCCAGAAGUCCCCCCUGCCUCACUGGAUGAGGCUCAGAAGGCUGGGACAACGACCGCGACAGAAGUCAUCACGGGCCCAGAUGGUACUACCACUUCCUCCACUACAACCACAACUGAAAGAAGAUCGUUCACCACUGCAGAUGAUGGCACUGUUAAAGAACAUAUUGUUAUUGAGAAGAAAACCACUUCCUUUGUUGAUGGAAUGGAGAAGGGUGAAGACAAGUCAGAGAUCCUUCUAAAGCUUGGGGAGGAGCUAGGCAGACUGGAUGAGCAGUUGGAGGAGAGAUUCAAGGAGAAGAGAAAAGCAGUUGAACCUGAAGUGGCACAAGAAGAGGUGAGAGAGACUACAGUUGUGGCAAAGCGUCGUGAGGGUCAGGCCGAACCCACCUCACAGGUUGUGGUGGAACAUAGCCACCAGCCAACCACUCUCUCUGCCACCAUCACCAGUACUACCACAACUACAAGCAUCACUCCCACCCCAGAUGGGUUCACUCAGGCGUCUGUCGAGUCUAGGCAGAUGUCCUCUACAGGAGGCACCACUGAAGUGAGCACGAAGGGCACAGCCAUCACUACUACACAACCUGUGAUUGGUGAUGAAACUGUGAUGCAGAUGGGACAAGCCUUAAUCCAGCAGAGGACGUCCCGGCCCGACAGCAGAAGGGCAGCCCAGGAUGUGCUUCAGUGGGACACACCUCUAGAAGACAGUGCUUACAAGAAACGACUGGAAGACGGUAAAGAGCGGGUGCUCUCCGAUGACUCCACAAAGGCUGGGCAUACAGAGGAACGUGGAUGUAGUCCAAUAACUGUGCUGGAGGCACGACCUGAAGUGGACCAUGUGGCAACAAGGCCUCGAUCAAGGGCUGGCUCCCACACCAUUACCACCACUACAAGCUGGGGAGCACCAGUAACCACCACAACCAGCAUAGAAGUUGAUGAUGAUCAAUCUGCUCGCUGUCUACAAUUGACUCUACACUCAGAGAGUCGUGUUACGUUACAUGCUCCUGGUGGUGUUUGGGAGGGGUUACAUGGUGUUGAACAGCAGCCGGAACACCAAGAUGAAGAGCAGCAGCCACAUGAAGACAAACAUGUGGGAGACAAUGAUGUUCCAGCAGAGGCAUCACCUGAUGCAGGGCCUGUACAUAAGAGUGAAGGCGAGACAUUAACAGAACAGGAUUCUGAUGGCAAUAUCCACCAAGCUAAAGAUGCUCAUGAAUUAGAAAGCAAAGUACAAAUAAAGAAAUCUGAAUUUAGUCUUAGUCAAGGAGCAGAUGCUAUAGUAUCAAGCUCAGUAGGAGAACUUAAUAGCACUGAAGCACCAACCUAUGAUCUUAUAGCAAAGGAAAAAAUAACAGAAAAUAUUGUUUUAGAUAGCAGUAAGAUAAAUGAAGAUAUCCAGCUUCCAUCCAGUACAGGUGCUCCUGAUGUCCAAGUAGAUUUAAGUAUGGAUGAAGUUCAAAUGCCAAUACUAAGCAGUAUAAAAGACAGUAUACCUGAAGGUUCAGUUCCAGAGACUGGAAGUGUACCUUCAUCUAGCAAAAUUAGUGUAUCAGCUGAAGAGAUUGAUAUUGCACAUGAAGAUAAUGCCUUAUCAGCAGAAUCAGUCAGCUCUGAUAAGGAAUUAAGAGAUUCAGCUACAGUAGAAAUUGCAAACAAAGUAAUGGCUGAGUCAGCACAAGAUGUUUUAGAGAUUGCCUCUCAGCCAUUAUCAGAUGAAGAUUUAGAAAGUGUCUCACCUUCAUAUGAUAUUAAAGAAACAGAAUGUGCAAUCCCUGUAGUAUCAGGUGAUGACUCUGCCUCUCUAGUAAGUGAAGCCACAGCACCAUCAGCACACCGUCCAACGACUUUGAUGAUAACUUCGAAUUCAAACGAAUCAACUGACGAUGCAGAAUGCACGGCGAACGACCUUACCAAGCUUGGUAGGGAAGACGAUAUCCCAAAGGAACUGAAGGAAGAAACAAGUGUAACUGAAGUGGAAAACUUAGAAGAACUAGGGAUGGGAGAGCUGGCAGUAAGUGAACGGCCUCCUGGAAGUGAGAGUGGCGCUGUGCCUAGGCCAGAGCGUCCUGCACGACCAGCACCUCGAACAACUACCUUGGUUAAGGUUAAAGUUGAGAAGAGGCCUAUUACUAGCCAUCUUUUAGUACGGGAACGAUCCGUCCAUGAACACCAGCCAACAGUCCAUGUACCUUCAGUUGAAGAAGAAGUGCGUGGACUUAUGCAAGAAGUAAAAGAAGCAACUAGUCAAAUUAAGCAAGAAGUGAAGGAACUGCGGCAGGCAGACACACCUACUCCUGAUACCCCAACACCUCUAAGGGAAUUCAAAGAAUUCCUUAAUAGGGAAGAAGAACAGGAGCUGGAACGCUUGCCAACAAUCAAGGAGAUGUGUCGUGAAAGUGAGGAAGAUGCAUCUGGUACAGUAGGAGGGACCCAUGAGGCAACCCAGAUUGCUGAGCAUCAAACGACCACUGUCUCACAGGAACAAGAUGUGGGAGUGGUGUUUACAGAGCGUAAAGAGUAUGGGGGCGGGGUGAAGCCAUCUGCAGAGACGACAGGCGGACACUCGCACAUAUCACCUUCACCUGUUCCUCAUCCUUCCCAAUCCUCAUCCCUUACCGCAGACCAAAAGAAAGCCCCAAGCACUAAACCAGUAUCUCAGGAGGAGGGGCAGCGACCCCCUGAUGAUAGUACUACUCCAAGUCGACCAACAAGACGGCAUGAACGAACAUUUUCUCAAGCAAGUAAUAUAUAUACUGGAGCCAUUCCAACUGAGACUAAACAAGAGGGAAAGAAAGGAGAUAAAGAAACUAUUCCAGAAGAAGUAGAUGGUGUAAGUGAAACCAUCAAACCAUAUUCAGAAAGAAAACAAUUUUGGGAGAGUGUUACAGGCCAAUCAUUUGAAGCCAAAGGCACUCAAUUGAUCAAGACCGAAACUGAAAGUGACACUGACACAACAGGUACAGAUGGCACAGUAGUGGAGCAACGGGUUCCAGAUAAGAAACUAUCUGUAGGAGAAAGUUCUGAUUCGGAAGCCGAAUAUUUAGCUCACAGGGAGAAGCCAGCUUUUUAUGAAAAUCAAGCAUUCAUAGGCACAGAGAAGAUUGAUGAGCCCAAGGAGGGUGAGAGAGAUGGAGCUGUAAGCCCAUUUGAAGUUCGCCGUCGGGUAGAAAGCCAAGACUUGCCCUCACCUGAAGAUAUAGCAUUUAAGGAUGUGUCUUCCAAGAGAGCACUCUUUGAAAAGGAAAUCAAAAGACAGUCCAUGGAGAUUGAGGAAAGUCAGUCAUGGAAACGGUCAUCAAAAGAGUAUGACGAGACAGUUGUCAUUUCUGAGGAGUCAGCAUCCAGCACACUUCAGAAGAAAGAAGAGAGGAAACAAACAUUGGAGGAAACAGUAGAGAGUGAGAAGGAUCUCUCUAAAAUAAAGAAAGAAACCAGAGAGGAUAUUGUAUCAAAAACAGAUGUUGAAAAAGUCGAAAGUGAGCAGAAGAAGGAUAAAGUUAGCAAGAAAGAUGAUGUAUCUGAAAUUACAGAAUCCUCAAAAUUACUCAAAGAAAAAAUGCAAGUAAAGGAGAAAAAAUCAUUAUCUGAAGUUAGUAUUGGUGACAGCAAGGUAGUAACUCAGACUGAUUUGUUAUCAGAAAAGAAAGAGAAGGAAAGCACAGAGAAAGCAGGAAAAGUAAGCAUGGUUGAUAAGAAGGUGGUAUCCCAAACAGAUAUUUCUAAAGAAAAAAUAGAGAAAGAAGUUUUAGAGAAAGCAGAGGAAGUAAUCCAUGAGAGCAGAGAGAAUGAAGGUGGAAUUUUAUCAAGAACAGUUUCUAAAUCAGAAGAGAAAGCAGAAAGCUUAUCAGAAGCCAGAGAAACAAUCCAGACAAGAUCCACAGAAGAUCAGGAUACAUCUCGAGAUGAGAUCACUGAAGAAGAUAUGACAAGAACUGAGGAAACAUCAGAAGAAGAGGCAGACGAAUUAAUGACGAAAGAAAAAGUAACUGUAAAUGUAACAGAGGAGACUCGACAACUCGGAGACACUCAUGAGACUGUAGUACGAGAGACAACUACCACACGAGAUGGUGAGCAGGAACAAAGAAUCAUCAAAGAGACCAAAACCCAGCAGACUGUGAUGGCUGAUGGGUCCACAGUCAAGACUACUUCAAUUACCACCUUCACAACACAAUUGGACACAAAAGAGACUGACGAGUUUCCUGAGAAAACUAAAGUCAAACAGGAAGUAUUUACAAAGGAGAUGACUGAUGAAACAUCUGCGUCCAUACCUGAAGAGAAGGAUGCAUAUAAAACCAUGACAGCAAAAGAGAAAUCUGAAGCCUUUGUAGAACAACGCAUGAAGUCAGACAUUUUUUCACAAGAGCUUUCUUCCUCAGCAGAGGAUCAGAGCCCUGAACACAAGGUUAUUACUCCAAAGGAAACUGGAGCUCCAGUCUCUUUACAAGCAAAAACUGCUGAACAUCCACUUACUAGUCCAAUUAGAGUACCAGAGGAGAGUGUCCAGGAAAUUGUAUGGGAAGUAUCUCAGGAGAGGUCAGAAACAGUUUUAUCUGAGACUGUAGAAGACAUUCCAUCACACCAACCCAUUGAAUCUCACCAAGUGAAGGAAAUUCCACGAGAGGAACAGAAAAAACCAGCAAAACCACAAAGGAAAUCAUCUAGCUCUACUGAAGGUAGAUUGAGUGAAGAAGAGGCACGAAAACUUGCCAUAGAAAUUGUUGAAGAAGUGAAAAUGGAAGCUGUUAAAAGAUCACCCAUUGCACCGCCAGCAGAAGAGUUUGGAGAAAGUGAAGGAGCUGCAAAACCGCCAUUUCCGAGACCUAGUCCAGAAUCAGCCUUUACAGAAGAAACAACCACAAAAAUUGAAAAAUACAUCCAAGAGCAAUUAGGAGAUGAUGUUGAUGAGAAACAGCUCAAGUUAAUUGAAUCUGUUACUGCCAGAAAAACGGAGAUGUUGCACAAAAAGAUGAUUGGAAGUGAAUACCAGCAUAGCAUGGAAAUUACCGAUGAAGAUCUGCGAUCCAGUGGAGCUGAACUCUCACCCAUCGAACACCAAAUGGAGAGGCUCCGCCAAAUGACUGAAGAAGAUGAUACCCAGCGAUAUGCCAGAGAACCUUCUGAAGCAGAUGAGAGCGAGAGCUCCAUAAUCAUUCACGAGACUGCAGAUGACGUCAUGUCAAGUGAGUAUGAUCAGGCAAACCAAAUGAUCACAAAGACACUAGAUGCUUUGAAAACUGCAGAACUAGGAAAGGUAGAAAGGCCAAUAGACACAAUUAAAGAAGUGCCAGAAACAACUGUACUUACAGCUGUCACAGAAACAAGAGAUGUGGCAGUUGCAGAGAAAACUGAUUUUGCUAAAUUGACCAAGCUAGAAGUCCAAGAGACUGCUAGACAGCUGGUUAAGGAAGUAACAGAGAAAGCCCAGGAAUCAGAAGCAGUGAGGCAGGCAUCUCUAACAGCAGCAGAACUCCGUCAAGGUUCUGGAAGCCGGGAGCACAGUCGUACACCAAGUCCAAAGCCAGGUUCCCGAAAAGGUUCUUGGAUGGAUGACGAGGAUCUGCGACGUGAGUUCCGUAGAGAUUAUGAAGACAAAAAAAAAAUGUUCAAAGAGGAAAUGACUUCUGAUAAAGAUGUUUUCGAGGAAGGGUCCGCAAAAGAAUCAAAGGAAAUGAAAGUAUCACAACAGAAGAGUAGUGACAGAGAAGUUCACAUGGAGUCUAGCAUGACCGAGAGCAUGGAAGAGUCAAGCACAGUUGAAAGUGUACGUUCUAUAGAAGGUAAAAUCAGAGCAGAGGUCAUUACGUCUGUAGUGAAGGAGGUCAAGGAAGUUGAGACUGAAAAAAAGGAAGAAGUUGUUAUGAGAAAAAAGGGUCAUGUUGAAGAGUUUAACCGAAGAUCAGGUACAGAUUUCGACGCGUACUCUAGUUCUGGAGAAAGCCACUAUUUCACAGCAGCUGAAGGCACUUCUGACAGCCGCACUGCAAGCAGACCAUGUUCAUCUGAUGUAGAAGCACUCAUUUCCGAGCGGACCACAGGCACCUCUGAAUAUGAUACUGCACUCACUUCACAAGAUGCUUCACAAUAUUCAUCCUAUUCAACUUCCUCACAAGAUUAUCGUACAGCAGCCAGCUCAAUAAGUUCUAGGGAUUCAAUGAAAUCCAUUGAUUCUGAGAGUUCUGGCCAUCUUGCUAGCUUUGAACUAAGUGAAGCUUCAGAAACCUUAGUACCCUCCGCAGCAGAGUUGGAGAAAGAUAUGGAUCUUCUUGACCAAGAUGUGGCUGAGGAAGAGAUCUCCCAUUCCCACCAUACUGUCAUCCCACAACUAACAAUUCAGUCUGACACACCAAAAUCUGAGGAUGCACCAGGAUCCUUUGAAGUUGAAUCAGAUGAUGCUGAAUUUGAACAAGAUGGUAAAGAUGGUGAUAGUUAUACUACAUCUAAAAUGAAAAGAUCUAUUGAAAUGACAUUUUAUCCAGAACCUAAACCCUUAAGCACAGAUAAGAAAGGUAGUGUAACAGAAAGUGUAGCUUCAAGUUUAGAAGAAAGUACUGUUUCAGAGGUUUCUAUGGCCACUGUGGUAGAACAGGAUAAAAGCAUGCAGGGAUCUACCACCACUGACUCUAACAUGACAGCAUCAAGUGUAUCAGAGCAGAUGGUGUCAUCAGUCGGUCAGGAUUUUGAUCAUCAGGUAACUUGUACAGACAGUGGAGUUUUGACAACAGAUACAGGUGAUGGAGACAUGACCUUGCAUUCUGUUACCAUUACUGCAACAUCAGUUCCACCUUCAACAGAUGACCAGAGUACAGCUUCAAUGUGUACUCAGGUGACAUCUGAAACCCGUGCUCAAGUAGAAUUAACAGAAAGUGAGCAGUUUUUUCGCGCUAAUGGACCCACUGAAGUAGAUUAUGUGCCUGAGUACGACGAUGAGGAAGUACAAGGUGCGCGGCCAGCUGUAGCCCCUACUGUACCUGCUUUUCAAGAAGCUGCAGGAGCUAUAGCUGGCCCUUCAGAGGGCCCACAGAAAGUUGUCAUUGUUGAAGAAUGUUACGAAACCGAAGCCGAUCAAGAAUAUGGCCAAAUGAUGAGAGAGAGUGAAUAUUCAGAACUGGCAGAGGCUGAGCUUCAGUAUUCUCUAGAAGAACAACCUGAAGCAGAGAUGAGUAGUAUGUUAGUGAUUGAAGAGCCAAUUGAACGGCCAAGAACACCAGAACCUGGCUUUAUACCCUCAUCCCGUCCUACUUCUAUGAUCAUCCAAUCUCCUGAAGAACCUGAAGAAUUCACUGAAGUAGAUAAAAGGUUUAGUGCUGUAUUUUCUACUACUUAUGAAGAGAGAGAUGAAGGCAGUCGUUCAUCAGUUUCAGAUGUGAUGAGCGUAGGUGUACCAGACAUAACUGUCACAGAGCAUACCUUACCUAUGCCAAGUCAGUAUUGUUAUCCAGAUCUUGAACGUGAGGAGGACUUUCCCGAGUGUCGAGCACUAGCGGAAGCAGAAGACCGAGGACCGGAUAUUCCAGCUACUCCGGGAUCUCAGGAGUCUGCAUCCACUUGUGCUUCACGCAAGUCAUCCUCGACUGACUCCGAGCAAGGGAGAGAGUAUUGCUUAGAUGACAUGGCACAUGGCCCAUCAUUUGGGUCUUUUGAAAUGGUGGAGGCUGACGAAAUUGAUGAUUUUUCAGAAUAUGAAAGAACACUAUACAUGCAUGAAGAACGCAUGAUGGAAAUGUCACAAAUCAAGGAAGAAGAUGAAGAGGAAGUUGAAGAAGAGAGACGUCUUAGUAGCUCUCCAAUACCAAUUCCAACUCAAUUAAAGGCUGUCAAGAUCGACAAUUCUAACACACCCAGUGAAUCUCAGGCUAGUGAUGAGACAGAAGACCCCGAUGAGACUGGCGAUCCAUCCAUUGAAGAACAGAGAAGGUGGCUAGAGCUACAGUUUGAGGAGAGUGAUGUAACUAACUAUGAAUACCAGCAAACUGGCUUCAUAGAACAUGUAUACUCUGGUCCUCUUGAGGAUAUUGAAGAAGAGAGGGAAGAUGCAGAACGGAGAGAUCUUUCACACGUCACAAAGAACUCAUCACUCUCAUCAACUCCAGAAUAUGAUGUUCUGGCUGGUAGGAAAUUUUUCACUCGCAGUGGAGAACAUGAUGAUGUUUCCAUGACUUCCCUCCAGGAAUUUGAAAACCUUGAACAACAAGUUGCUGUUGAAGCUAUAGCAAGGAGAGCUAGUUCAGGUUCACAGGAAUCUUUAAAUGGUAAGAGACCUGAGAGUAAGAGUGGGCAUGGUGAUGAUAUAUCUGUGGGGUCUUUUGCAUCGCUCCAAGAAUUUGAACGUUUAGAAAAAGAAUGUUUAAUUGUUGAACAAAUAGAAAAGAAAGCUCAGGAAGAAGCAGCAAUGCUUUCAGAGAUAGAAGAGGGGCAUGAAAGCCAAAUGUCAGAAUCUGAGAGUUGUGAGACACUCUCUGAACCUGGACGUGCUUCAGUUGAGGGUGAGGAGUAUGACCAGAGAUUGUUUGAGAUAGACGAAAUUAUACGCCAGGCACAAGAUAAUGUAGAGAAGUUUGAUAAAAGUAAGGCUGAAUACGAAGGUGUGAGACUGCAAGAUAUUGUGAGUGUAGAUGGAUCUGGUUCAGGUAGCAGCCAUGCUGAUCGCACUCCAAGUGUAGGUCGUGAAGAAGGUGAUGCAGACUCCUUAGAAGAGGCACAGCUGCCAGAAUUAGAUCUUGAUCAGACUGGUGUUACGAGUUUAGGAAGCUCGGCCAAACAGGAUACCAUGAGCAUGAGUGCAGACAGUAUUGAAGCAGCUCCCAAGCAUAAGGUACCUCGUGAAACAAGUCAGGAUUCUUUAGAAAAGGCAGAAGCUCGUUCUUCUGACCCCAUGACUACUAGUGUAGAUAGUAUUGAGUUUGUGAGUCGUCAGGAUGUUAUGACUACUAGUACGGACUCCAUAGAGGCCCGGAGAAGACGUCCAGAUGCAAUGAGUGCAUCCACAGAUUCCAUUGAACCCAGCAGGCGUGAUAUCAUGGCCACCAGUAUAGAUAGUCUAGGCAGGGAUGAUUCUAGUGGUAGAGAUGCAGAUAUCAGUUCAGGAAGUGAGCAAGUGAGGCCUCUGCCCAGGGAUGGUGGAGUGAUGGAGUGCAGUCUAGAGUCCUUGGAACCCACUUCAUCCCAGGCCACACAUGCAACUUAUCAAUAUGACACAGACUCUAUUAUGUCAGGCUCCUUCACUAGUGGAUGUUCCAACACCCUUGUUGCAUCAACAGAUGAUUUUCCAGAUAUGAUGACCUCUUCCAUGUACAUUCCAGAAGGUGAAUUGCCACCAGAAAGUGAAGAGCAGUAUAUUAGAUAUAUGCAGGCCAGUGGUGGCACAGCAACUGAAAUAGUCCAGCCAACAAGUGAGGAAGGUUACUCUCAUACUGUCACACGUGUAGUUAGACUACAGCCAGAGGCAAAACAGAUAACCUUUACAGGGCCUGACGCUCAAAAGAAAAUGGAAGAAUACAUGCAAAGUUUUAAUGCUGGAGAACAUACCACCCAGGAGGAAGCAGUAGAUGCUCAGGGCAAUGUCCAUAUCCGUCGUGUAACACAAAAACGUAUAGUAACAGAUCCAAAGGAAACAAAAGAACAUGGAUUUUCUGUGGCAGAUCCAAGUGUAGAGGAGCUGGAAACCCGUGAUGAGCACGGCAAUGUAACACGUAUUGUGAAACGAACUGUUGUCACCACACAUACAGUUGAGGUCGAUCUCGAUACUGGUGAACCAAUAGUGCAGCCUCCUCCCACCACUGUCUCCUCCACAGCCGCAUCCUUCUCCUCCCGUAUUCCUCGUCCAGUGACCAGUCCUCCUCUAGCCUCCCGGUCACCCCCUCCUGGUCCGCCCCCUGGGUCGCGCGGCCCCCGUGAGCCCGUCCUCCCCUCCCUGGAGCCCAACACAGUCUCAGGUGUAGGAGUCGAUGAGAUGAGCAGUGUGAUGGAGAGUUACACCAGUGAUGGUAGUGACCCCAUAACCACCACCCAUACCACCAGGAUCAUCAGGAGGACGGAAGUCGAAGACGGGGAAGUGAGGGAAGACGUGUAUGAAGAAUACUGAGGAGGAAGACAUCCGCAAGAGUUUAUUAAGGAGGGCUUUGAGAAGGAAGCAACUUACCGAGUGUGAAUUCCUCUCAGUCCUCCUUAUGCGCCCAUCUGCCUUCCUGCCUACCCUUAAAACUGCCAUCACUCCACUACCAACACUACUCCACUGUCAACGCCACGACCUGUAUUGUCUUUCCGGGUCCUCCAACAUAUCCAUAAUAAGGAUUUUAUUGUGAGGCCUUAAGUUAUCCUCACAUACAUGUCCAUUGAUCCGCUCUUCAGUCCCAGUUGUAAUAGAUGGCUUUACCCUACACAUAUAGUCCACCUAACUUACAUUUUGUUUCUGAUAUCUGGAGAACACUAUCCUCUAGUACCAAUAGGGAAUUUUUGAAGAAAAGGUCAGUGGUUCAACUGUAGUCUAUGACAUGUCGGUUGUCAGAGGAUCUAGUCAGGACCGAUAACGCUCGAGAGAAAUUAAAGAUUUUUUAAUGUUAUGAGUGAGAAAUUUUAAUGUUUGUGACCUUUUAUUGUAAUAACAUGAUCAAGUAGUGUUGUCAGCUAAAAUGUCCUUUAUUCAUUUAUGAGUUACAUCAUAUAAUUUCAUUGAAAGCCAUUUUUGAAAGAUGUCCACGAAUGAUCACACAUUUGUAAAGGUGCACACACCCUAUUUGAGCUGUCAAGGUGUUUUUAGGUUAAGUGCCGUUCUCCCUGUGACGUGGCGUGUUUCAUCCUAGUAUGACACUGAUUAAUAUUGUUAAGAAUACUUAUUGCCGAAGACAUGUCAUGUAUUAUAACUAAACCUGUAGCCACGGGACGAGACAUAGGAGGUUUCAAUAGCAGCUAUGUAAUCAUUUUACUAUUCCGGCUCUUAGAUUGGUAGAGUGUUACUAUUGUGGCUUAUGAAACAUCCAGUUAUGGGCAUGUUGAAUGUAAGAUAGCUAUAAUAUUUCCACAUAAGAUUCGUGUAACACACCCACAAAAUAUAUCUCAUUUGUAAACAACUUGUGGCGAGAUUGAUUACUGCGAGCCUGGGAUGGGGUCUAAAUAUGGCUUAAAUAGGAAAGUAAACUGUAUAGUCACCUAGCAUAAAGGUCAAAAUCGCAGCUUUCGUCAUACUUGUUACCCUCAUGGUCAUAAGUGGAUGAAAAAAAAAUAUGAUAAUGCCUUAGCACCUAUUCCUAGAUACUCUCUGGCCAUCAGUUGUUAUUAUCUUUCAUUCUUUUGAGUUGGUCUUGACUUAGGCUGGACCAAGUGACAGGGAAGAGGCCUGCCCUGUGUUAGUAUCUCAAAGGCCUGUUCCCAGUCCUCCGGGUUUAAUUCAAGACUUGGUAGCUCCGAAUAUUGUGGUCACUUAUCAAGUUUUCAAUAAAUGCUUAAUGUGA